AUGGUUGUGGCGUCCAUCGUCAGGUCUGUAGCAAUGUCGCGGGAUAUGAACGAUCUCCAAUACUUGAGGGGCAUUUCUCUUCUACAAGGGCUAAAACCCUGGCUAAGGUAUUUGGAUGCCAAUGAACACCAUAAGUUUCUCAAGCUGGUCUUGUCAGAUAUGGGAGAGUGUGCUCUCUCGGUAAUUAGAGAAGCAGAGCGUUUCGAUGAGGCUUUUGUGCAUUCUUUUUGCAUCUCUACACUAGAGGAAUAUUCUGUAUCCCCGUUGCCAAAAUGUCAUUUUUAUAAGUUCUCCCGCCAGGUACUUUCUUUACUGUUUCCGUCCAAGGAGGCAAAAACAUCACUAAAUCUUAAAAUUAUGAUGUCUGUGUUGAAAUUUGUGGCAGGUGAAUUCCAGAACCAGCAGUCUUCAAGCAGAGUUCGAUAUGCAGCUGUUUGA